AUGGCAAAAGGCAAAAAGAAAUCGUCGCGAGACUUCAGCGGCUCCAGCGAACGAUCCGCAGAUCCCUGGGCGGAAUACGACGCGGAGCCGAUGAUCCGUACGAUCGAUUAUUUGUUGACUUUGACGGAAUGUGUCCUUUCGAAGACCGAGCCCCAGCAGAAGCGGCCCUCCAAGCCUGUGAUGACAGGCUGUGAGAUCAAAAUCUGCACCCCAGGCCUGAGCACCGCCAAGCCCCACGAGUGCUACUAA